UUAAGUUGUAACACAUGAAACUAUUGCACCAAGUGCAGAAUAAGAUGCGCUUAAAAUCUUCUAUGGUCUUGCCAAUUUUAGUCUUGGUUCUUUUAACAGCAACUGAGUGUCAAGCAAGCCGUAUCCAAGACUCGCCCUCAGAUACAGGGAUUAGGGAGAAUGUUGAUAAUUUGCCAAAGAAUGAACCUACAAUUAAGAGACUUUUGGAUGGAGCAACUGAAGAAAUAGAUAAGAUUAGAGAAGGAAAUCAAAUUAACGAAAGACCAAUGAUAGGAAUCUUCACUCAGCCUUACAAUGAAACUAAUGACUACAUCAUGGCAUCCUAUGUGAAAUUUGUUGAGUCUGCUGGAGCAAGAGCAGUUCCGAUUGUCUGGAGAGACUCUGAUGAAGACAUUCUAGACUUAGUUCAAAAUCUCAAUGGUGCCUUGUUUCCUGGUGGAUCAACUGCUUUAAGAAAUGAAGAUGGGUCUCUUACUGAGCAUUCCAGAAAAAUUGAACUUGUCCUCAAUAAAGUCAAGGAAUUGAAUGACCAAGGGGUUUAUUUUCCAAUCUUGUCUAUUUGCAUGGGAUUCCAAGAAAUUGUUCAGAGCGAAGCUCCAUACAAGGAUACUGUUGAACUUAACAAGUUUGAUUCAAUGAAUGUUGCGAACAACUUAACUCUUAAAUAUUCGAUAGAAGAUUCUAAACUGUUUAGCGAAAUGCCUCAACACUUGAUCAAUGCUCUCCAGAAUGAGAAUAUUACAUACAACCAUCACCACGAUGGAGUAUAUCCUUCUGCUUUGAAUAAAUACCCUACUUUGAGAGAAGGCUACUAUCUCCUAGGAACUUCUUAUGAUCUGAACGGUGUAGAAUAUGUUGCCUUCAUUGAGAGCAAAGAGUACCCAAUCUGGGGUCUUCAGUUCCACCCAGAAAUGAACAUCUUCAUCUGGAAGCCUACAUUAGAAGUGCCCCAUUCCCAGGUCUCUAUAGAUUUCAGCCAGUUCAUGGCCAACUUCUUCGUAAAACAAUCCAAGAAGAACUUCAACAAGUUCGACUCUGAGGAAGAAGCCUUUGACCACAUGAUCGAGCACAUCCCUGUUGAGCUCAACCCUCUCAAGAAGCACGAGGUGUACAUCUUUCCAGGCUAAAUCUUCCAUUCACCAAAAAUCUGGGAAGAAGAUUUUCAACUACAAAAUAA